GUGAAAAGCAACAACUUGGAUGUGAAAGUUGCUGAGUCUGAAUUGGAAACCGAAGAAAAAGGAGCAGAGAAAGAACCCACAAAGGAAUCCGACAGCAGCAUUUUGGAUGUAUCGUCUGAUUGUCCAAGAGAGAAACAUAUUUCAAUUCAAAGAGAUUUUGCUGGGCUAGAGAAACUAGCUAACCUAAAAGAAGGUGAGUUUACCAUGGCAGUGUCCCAGAACACAGAUCUUCAUGUUACAGAUGAAAAGAAGCCUUGUCCAUUGUGUUCUGAAGAAAAAUACAAAGCUUGCUAUGGUCAUAAACUCCAUCGACACCUUCUGAAUUUUCACUGGAAAGUUUCUGUUGAAUUUGAAGGGUACCGAAUGUGUAUCUGCUACUUACCCUGUCACCCAGUAAAACCCAACCUCAUCGGAGACCAGACUUGGUCAAAGCUGGGGGCCCAUUACCACUGCAUCAUCUGCUCGGCGACUAUCACGCGGAGGACUGACAUGAUCGGUCACAUCAACCGGCACGUGAACAAGGGAGAAACGGAGUCCAGGUUCAUCACAGUUCCUGCUCCCAAGUAUGCUCCUGAAGUGGUGAAAGAGUCAGCCACAGAUGUGCAGGUUCUUCCCAACUACUCCACACCUCAGAAAACAGAUUCCUACUUUAAUCCUAAAAUGAAACUCAACAGGCAACUGAUCUUCUGUGCACUAGCUGUUCUAGCUAAGGAACGUGAACCGAUAGAAUGUUUGGAUGCUUUUGGUGCCACUGGUAUAAUGGGAUUACAAUGGGCAAAGCACCUCAGAAGUUCUGUGAGAGUUACAAUUAAUGAUUGCAAUGAGAAUUCUGUGGCAAUGAUUCAGGAAAACUGCCUUUUAAACAAAAUGAAGGUGAAGCUGAACACUAAGGACGAAGACAAUGAUGAAGCAAUGGGAGAUGGAGAAGAAAAUACUGAUACCAUUGAGGUGACAAAAAUGGAUGCCAAUGUUAUAAUGCAUUUGAGAUCAUUUGAUUUUAUCCAUUUGGACCCCUUUGGAACUACUGUGAAUUACCUGGAUUCUGCCUUUAGAAAUGUGAGAAAUCUUGGAAUUGUGUCACUGACGUCCACAGACAUCAGCUCUCUGUAUGCAAAGGCUCAGCACGUCGCCCUGCGCCACUAUGGCUGUAAUAUUGUCCGAACAGAGUACUACAAGGAGCUGGCAGCCAGAAUAGUAAUUGCUGCUGUCACAAGAGCUGCAGCUCGCUGUAACAAAGGCAUUGAAGUUCUACUUGCAGUAGCUCUAGAACAUUUUGUUCUAGUAGUGGUCAGAGUUUUAAGAGGACCAUCUCUUGCGGAUGAUUCAGCAAGGAAGAUAAGAUACCUCAUCCACUGCCAGUGGUGUGAAGAGAGAAUUUUUCAGAAAGAGGGAAAUAUGUUAGAAGAAAACCCUUAUCAGCAGCUGCCUUGCGACUGUCACGGCAGCAUGCCUGGGAAGACAGCAGUAGUUCUUGGUCCUCUCUGGUCUGGAGCCCUGUUCAACGCUGGAUUCCUCAGGAGAAUGUAUUUUGAAGCUGUCCAGCAUGGUUUGGAUGAAGCUCAGUCCCUCUUGAAGACAAUUGUUUGCGAAGCUGAGUGCACAACUUCAAAACCUAAUUCUACCCAUACUCCUUGUGAGGAGAGCAAACAAGAAGAGUGCGGCGUAUAUAUUAAAACAUCAAAUACUUCUCCAGAAUCCCUCUUGAUACACGGAAAAAGGAAAAGCGACGAAGGGGUUCGGAAUGCAAACAAGCGGCUAAAAGCUGAGAACAGUUCUGAACACCCUGCGUUCUACUACAAUAUCCACAGGCACAGUAUUAAAGGAAUGAAUAUGCCGAAGUUAAAUAAAUUCUUAAGCUAUCUCUCUGAAGCUGGGUACAGAGUGAGCAGAACCCACUUCGAUCCCAUGGGAGUCCGGACGAACGCGCCGCUGGCGCAGUUCAAGACUGUGCUGCUGAAGUACAGCACCCCCACCUACACCGGGGCGCAGGCCGAGGACGCCGACUUCCUGGAGGACGACAGAGCCGCAGUCGCCGUGUUCCCCAAGGACUGCGCCCCCCACUACACGGCCGAGUAA